AUUGCAUCUGACGUUGUGUUGCUGUGUGUUUGCAGGGUACCACACUCUACUGGCAGUGUUGGGGGUUCGCUGUCUCCCCAGACACACCUUCCUGCAGUACGUUGACCAUGGUGUGCUGCAGCUCACUGAGACCUUCGUCGCACGACUCAUGACAGAUUUAGACAACAGUGAUGCCAAUGAGGAGCUGAAGUUCAGCAUUCUGAAGAGACUACCUGAGCCCAUGGAGCAGAGGAUCUGUCACCUGUGGGAUCACCCCAUCAGUUCAGCCUGUAUCUCCAGAGACUAUGUCAGAGGCCUACUGGAGAAACACGCCAACACCAAAGGUUCUACGUUCAUGGAGAGAGAUGAGCCUGGCUUCAGGCCUGAGUUCCUGCCUCUCACAUUCCUGGCCAAAAUCCUGUUGGAUGUGGAAGAUCGAGCUCUGAACCCUUUUGAGGAGCAGGAGAAUGUGGAUGCCAGGUUUGUGGAGGAGACGUCUCUGAAACAGACUCUGAUCCUGCUGGGCUUCCAGGACAAGUGAGGGAGGGAGAGACCGAUUGGAGAGAGAGAGAGAGAGAGAGAGAGAGAGAGAGAGAGAGAGGUGAAGAAAGAGGGGGAGCAGGUCAAGGCUCCAAGUUUUCACUCAACACUUCAUAUUCCAUAAGCACUCAGAGAGCGGGGACAGUUUGAAAUGACACUUUCAAUGUUGAUUACUCAACGCUCCAAUACACGAGAAUCUAUGAAAUCCAUUCGAUUCUGAUGAAAAAUGGGUCUGGUGACAAUAGUAAUCGGUUAUGCAUUCAUUUGACAGGUUGAUAUUUCUCCCCCCUCUGUCUGUUGCUCAACCCCCCACACUGACCGGAUGGAUGAGGCUCUUACAGUAAGAGGGGAAGUUCUCUGGAAGGUGUCUGAAUUACAACACCACAUGUGUCCUGUAUGACAUCUGUAUAUUUCCAUUUCAGAGGAACUAAUGCAUGGUUAGAUUUCAGGAAUAACACAGUGAUUUGGAGUGGAAUCGAGGAAAUGCGUUGAUCAGGUACAAUAAUAAACUGGCAAAGGGAUUUUUUUUGGUAAUGUUUACACGUGUAAAGCCAUUUUGUAUAAAUUAAACUCUAAAUAAAAGAUUUGUUGCAUGUUUCUAA